AGAGUCUGUGUGAAAGAAAGGGAAAAUACAAGGACGAUUGAAAAAUGGAUCUGUUGAAGUCGUUCAGUCACCCGGAAGAGGUUAUGGCCCUUCUCAAAUUUAAGCUUGGUGGCAGUGAGGUGGUAAUGCCGAAAUGUGACUUUAACAGCAUGAGUCCAUCAUUGUUGACAUGUUACAACCUGUUGAAUAGAACAAGUCGAAGUUUCUCUGCUGUUAUACAAGCGCUGGAUGGAGAGCUACGAAAUGCUGUCUGCAUAUUUUACCUUGUUCUGCGGGCCCUGGAUACAGUUGAAGAUGACAUGACCAUUCCCAUCGAUAUCAAAAUACCAAUGUUGAAAUCUUUCUAUAAAAACCUGCAGGAUCCAGACUGGAAGUACAUGGACAGUAAAGACAAAGACAGAUGUGUCCUGGAAAGUUUCCAAUGUAUUUCUAAAGAGUUUCGAGAGCUAGAGGAGAUGUACAGAGACGUCAUCUCAGAUAUAUGUCAGAAGAUGGGUCUGGGAAUGACAGAGAUCCUUGUGAAAAAAGUUGACACCAUGGCUGACUGGGACCAGUAUUGCCACUAUGUUGCUGGUCUAGUGGGCAUUGGGCUGGCCAGACUGUUCUCCACGUCAGGUCUUGAAGAACCCAUAGUUGGCCAAGACACCCAGCUGGCCAACGACCUCGGCCUGUUCCUGCAGAAGACCAACAUCAUCAGAGACUACUUGGAAGACUAUAACGACAAGAGAAUAUUUUGGCCUAAAGUAGCGUGGAGUAAAUACGCAGCAGACGUUGGGGAUUUUUCUAAAGUGGAGAAUCAGGAGCAGGCGGUAAAAUGUCUGAACGAACUGAUAACAAAUGCCCUGGAACUGAUCCCUUCGUCUCUACGUUUCAUGGGCAGGCUGAAGAAUCAAAGUAUUUUCAAUUUUGUGGCCAUUCCACAGGUCAUGGCAAUAGCGACUUUGGAGCGUUGUUAUAACAACCCUAAAGUUUUUACUGGUGUGGUCAAAAUUCGCAAGGGGGAGGCAGUCCGAAUGAUGCUGGGAGCAACAUCGAUAGAGAGAGUGAAAGCAAUAAUGAGGCAUUUUACAUUACAGAUUAUUGAGAAAAUACCCAAUGAUGACCCCAACAGUGCCAAGACCAGGGCUGUUUGCCAGAAGUCCUUGGAGCUGACUGAGACGGAGCAGGAGUACACGACCUCCAGCAUCUAUCCCCCUCUGUACGUCAGUUUCGGUCUGAUGCUGACAGCCAUCUCAUACACGUACUGGUCGCAGAUCAGUCAGUGGUAUGAUGACUUGUUCUGAGCAUACCAACUUGGCAAGCAUGUUUCUGCAAUAAUACAUCUCAACUCAAUUGUAUGCACAUUAUUUUAAAAGGAUCUUUGUCUUAUCAAAAGUGACAAGUAUUUUUGCCUUAUCUUUCAGCUGACAACCUCCAUUCAUUAACUGACCACUCUAUGUCUAUACUCAUUAACUGACCACUCACACUCAUUAACUGACCAAUCUACACUCAUUAAAUGAUCACUCUACCAACUUAACUGACCACUCCACACUUAUUAACGGACCACUCACAAUGAUUAGAUGACUACUCUAUACUCAUUAACUGACCAUUCUAUACUCAUUAACUGACCAUUCUAUACUCAUUAACUGACCACUCUACACUCAUUAACUGACCACUCUACAAUCAAUAACUGGCCACUCUGAAGUGUUGUCUAUUUUAUUAAUAACCACCACUGUAAACAGAAUCAUUGUCCAUAGAUAUCAUUAUAGAUUAUUUUAAUAAGAUGUAUUAUUAUUGUGAAGAUUUUACUACAUUUUAUGUUGAAAUAUAAGUACAUGUGCAUUAUCAGAUUUGUAGCAUGUUGCAACUGCCCACAUUCGAGGACACUUAGAGACUUAACAAUACUUAGGACUUAAGUCCAGGAUGACUAUGGUAUGACACACUAAGACAACUUCAUUGAUUUUCCUUUUUUUUUGUCUUCAAGCCAUCUCAGUAAUAUUUAAUUUUUUGAUAAGUUACAAAUGAAUAAUGAUUCAAACAAAAAUUGAUAUUAAAAGAACACAACAGUGUAGUAUCAAGCCUGUGUAUGGGUUAGGGAUAGGGAUUCGAAGAAUAUCUAAACACAAGGUCAGAUAUUUCAGACAAGAUUUCCACAAUAAAAAAAUUCUAAUUACAAAACUAGUACUUCAGCGGACCCUCAUCAUGUUGAUACAGUCAUUUAAGGAACUUAACAAUGUUUUAAAGUUAGAAUUUUUUUUUUCAUGCAAGCAGUUUGUUUUUCUUUGAGUGGUUGAGAUGUUAUUAUCAGCAUUUCACCCUUUUUCCCCCAAACAUUUUCAGACAACAUUUAGAUGGUUUAAUAUUUAAUUGACAUGAAAAGCUACUCAAAAUGGUUAAAAAAAAAAGUUAUUAACAGCAUUCUGUAUGUGCUGUAGACUGUUGUUCAAUGGCCUUGGGUUCAAAUCCUUCCCACUGCAAUUUCCCACCCUCCUCUCAGAGGUUUGGAUGCAAUUAUCUUAAAUGUGAAAGAACAUCCCAGGUACGUAAAAAAAACAAAAACAGUUUUUUGAAUUUGUCGUUGAUGUACACAAUGAAUAAUACUUGGACCUUUUCAUGAAGAAUAUCUUGAAUUGUAAUAUGCUAACUAGAUAUAGAAUAUAACAUAGAGAUAGAAUAUAACAUAGAGAUAGAAUAUAACAUAGAGAUAGAAUAUAACAAAACUAGACUAGUUUGUGGCUAGCAGUGAAGCAAUGGUCUGAAUUCUUGCCUGUUUGUUGUGGUGCUAUCUACUGAUUCAGUUUAUCUAAUAGACAAUUUGUUGGCUGUUAUUAAGAAAUUGUUCUUUAAUUACAUGUCUCGGUCAAAAGCAAAGUCUAUUUUAAGCUCUUGGAGAAUGUGUUAUUGAAAGAUUGGAAAUAUCUUUUCUAUUCAAUGAUUGCAUGUAAAUUAUUGGUUAUUAAUUUAGUUUUUUGAAUCUAUGAAUUUUUGUUUUUGUCAUUAUGUAUUUAAGUAGACCCUCUGCAGACAAUGGGCUUUGUCUGCAUUAGAUGUGUCAAAAAAUGCAACUGGUUACUUGAAAUACUUGAGUUUUUUGUUUGUUUUUUGUUAACUGAAUAUCUAAUUUAAAAUAAAUGUAUGGAUUGUUUCAAGCUAUGCCUGUACUCAGCAUCUUCAUUGUUAUAAGAAUCUUGUUAUUUGCCACCAAGUUUAUAAUGUCAGCAAAUACUAAGCGUUUAUAAAAAUGUUAAGCUCCAGUGUGUUUUAUCACAUCAGAGUUUGAAUAUAUUUAAGUUUUUGUUUGUGUGCAUAUUUAAGCAAUGUACAAUUGUCACUGCCUUUAGGCACAAGAGUCAUUCUAAUUUAUUGGACCUUUGUAACUUGACUAUGUAAGACUGGAAAUAUAUUUCUUGACUUGUGUGAGAGUGUUGUAUUUUUUUUCUCCUUCAAAAUGUGUGCCAAUGGAAUAACAAGUUCACUUCUUACUGUAUUGUACCCAUGAAUCUUGUAGCAGAGUGCUUGUUCUUUAAUGUACAACCACAAGAAGUCUCUAAAGAAUUGCUAUAUUAAAUUUGUAUAGGAAACUCCAAAUAUAUCGAACUAUAUGUAUCGAUGAUGACAAGUUCACUAUAUAACAACUGCAUAAAACAUAAUAUAUUGCAACUCUCAAACGAAACCGCCACAUAUACAUAUUUAUAUUUGCAUAUAUAUUUUACCUCUGGGUUGCUGCACUGCAGGCCACCUGUUCAUACUGGACUUUUAGUCUUAGUUUUUUUUCUUCUAUUUUUUAAAUUUUGUUUAAGACUAAGACUAAGACUGCUUUAUUGGUCCUAAUUUAAAUUUGUUGUGAUUACAAAGACUCUUUUCUCCUAUAAAAAACAACACAACAGAAAUAUUCACAUGUUAUUAAAUAUGUAAAUUAAAUUAAAUAUGUAAAUUAAAUAAAUAUGUAAAUUAAAUUAAAUAUGUCAAUUAAAGAAAAUAUGUCAAUUAAAUAAAAUAUGUACAUUACAUUAAAUAUGUAAAGAGAAAAAGGACAGACUAAUUCAUAUUUUGUAGAGUCUACUGGCAUUGCUAGAUCUGUCUCUUUACUCCAUGUAUCAUUUCCAUUUCUGUCUAGUUCUGUUGGCCAGUUUCUAUUUCAAGUAUUUAUUAACAUCGUGAGCCAAUGGCGAUGCAAGUUAUAAAGUUUGUCUGUUGCAAUGUAUACACGUUUUGACUAAUUUUAACAGUGGCAUAUAAUUGUAUUUGUUUCAUGUUAGUUCACAUUUUUGUUUUUUUAUAUAAAUGUUGUUUGAGGAGAAAGUGAACGAUUUCAUCAUGCCAAUAGUGUACUGACCCAUAUAGAUGGACUUGUCAGAAUAAUUAACAAUGUCCACUAAGUAUGGAUUCUGUGCUAGGGACAAAGGAAGUGGGGCAUAGCUGUGAGUGUAGCAUGGUGGCCUAGCAGUAUGUGCUUGGACUGUCAGCUUGAUGGUUGCGAGUUCAAACCCUCUGCUGUCCCGCAAUAGGUUUUUGACUAGGCCUGAGGAUCCCAACCCCGAACUGACAAGUUGGCUUAAUUUAAAUAAAAUAAUAGUUAAACUGAACCAUUCUGAGCUUGACAAUUUUUGUUUGGUCCCAGAUUUUCUCUGUUCCCCAGUAGCUACAGUGUUAUAAAUGUUGAAAGUGAAAACCCCCCUCCCCUUUUCAACCCUUGAAAUGGUGUCAUGAGGCCAGUACUUAAGUCAGGUACCCAUUAGAGUUUGGUGGACUCGGGGGAAUCCUAAAAAUCCUGAAAUGGAAAAUCCCUUCCUUCACAGAGCUUUGAACCCGGGACCCCCUGUUUGGAAGCUAAGCUCUUUAUUACUUAGUCACCAUGCCCACUAUAACUGUUAAAUAGGCUCUUCAAUUAUUCUGUUUGUUUCACUAAGUGGAAUGUAUGAUUUCUAUAUAGGUCAGGGACCUCUGGCUUGAUCUAUUUGUGUGUGUGUGCUAAAUUUGUUGUAGAACUCUUUUAUACGAACUCGCACAUUAACUCACAUUUUUUUUGUCAGCAGACACACAUGCAGAGAACAUUGAUUUUUUAAACUUGGAUCUGUGUUGUUGUUUUUUUUAAAACUUAAAUCUGGGUUUUCAAAACCUCGAUCUAUAUUUGGCAAUAUUCAUGUGUUUGAUAUGAACUAAGCAUUGACUCAACUAUGUCUGUAAACUCAAGUGAUCAUGUAAUGUCUGUGUGCUGUGUGGGAAUAAAAAACUGAUCCACUCGCUA